AUGGUCACAUCUCUGAAUGUGUUUUCUCUACCUUUAGCCUUGACAAUAAUCACAGCUAAGUCUUUAGGAUAUCUUGGCAAAGACAUUGCAAGUUCUUUGACAUUUUGUGGCAGGUUAAUACAAUGCCCAGAAUAACCUCGUUGACCACCAGGUUUAAUAUAAACUCUCAUGAUGGGCAAAGCACGAGCAAUUAACAUUUCCUCAAUCUGAGUUAAAUUUUGCAGUUCAUUUGAAAACAUUGAUGAAAACAUUAUUCGGUUAACUAACAACAAAUCAUGUGAACUUGAUCCAAUUCCAACUUGGCUCUUGAAGCAAUGUAUUCCUGCCUUACUCCCGAUUAUAACAAAAAUUGUUAACCUGUCGUUGCAUGAUGCAUUCGUGCCUACCCUGUUCAAAAAAGCCUUUUUGACACCAAUACUGAAGAAUAUUUCCCUCAGCACAGAUGAAGAAAACAGUUUCAGACCAAUAUCUAAUCUUUCUUAUGUCUCAAAAUUAAUUGAGAAAGUGGUGGAUACCCAAUUAACAAAUCAUAUUCAGGAACAUAAUUUAGAUGAAAGCUUACAAUCGGCUUAUAAGAAACACCAUUCUACUGAAACUGCCUGGGUUCGGCUACACAAUGAUAUUUUAUCUGAGUUGGAUGACAAUAAAACUGUACUGUUGGUUAGCCUUGAUGUGAGUGCUGCAUUUGAUACCAUUGAUCAUAGUAUUUUGUUGCGUCUGCUCGAAAGUCGGUUGGGUGUCUCUGGGCAGUGUUUGAAUUGGUUUCGUUCCUAUCUCAGCGACCGUACAACAAGAGUUAUUAUUGAUGGAAAACGUUCAGAUAUAAAACGUGUAAACUUUGGUGUCCCCCAGGGAUCUGUCCUUGGCCCAAAACUUUUUACACUAUACAUAUUGCCACUGGGAGAUAUUGCACGCAAACACAAUGUACAGUUUCAUAUAUAUGCUGAUGAUUGCCAACUAUACAUAUCCUUUAAGUAUGAAAAUAGAUUGGAAACCAUUGAUAGAAUGGAAUCUCUGAUGCAUGACAUAAAAACUUGGAUGACAAAGAACAUGGUGAAGCUCAAUGAUGAUAAAACAAAGUUCCUGGUUUUGACAGGUCCUCGUCGAGACUGCUCUGAUUUUCCUUGCUUGUCAAUCGAAAACGAAAGUAUUGUUAAAUCAGAAUCAGUAACUCUCUUAGGAGUAGAACUUGAUGACAAGCUUACCUUAAAGAGUCAUGUUCGUAAUGUUGCGAAAAGUUGUUUUUUCAAGCUCCGCAAUAUGCGUAAGAUUAGAAAAUGUAUUACUGAAGAUGCAGCAAAAAUAAUGGUACACAGUAUGAUUACAUCAAGGCUUGACUAUUGUAAUGCUAUCCUAUAUGGGUUACCAAAUUGUGACUUGGACAGGUUAUAUAGUGUGCAAAAGCUGGCUGCACGAUUAAUCACAGGAACAAGAAAGUACGACCAUAUUACACCGAUAUUGGAAAGACUCCACUGGUUACCAGUGAAAAAGAGAAUAGAGUACAAAAUUCUGUUACUUGUGUUUAAAUGUCUCCAAGGAACUGCACCAGAGUACUUAUCUGAACUGUUAAAAAAGCGUGAAAACAAAGGCACUAGAGCAGAUGACAAAAACCUUUUGGUUAUUCCUAGGUUUAAGAAGGUUACCCAAGGUGGACGAUGUUGUGGAAGAUCUGGCCCAACACUAUGGAACAAUUUACCAGACAGCUUGAGACUUGAGACGAGUUUUAGCAUUUUUAAAAGACGUUUAAAAACGCACUUUUUUGAACUUUCUUAUAAGUAA